ACCACACAUGAAUUCCAAAAUAGUUUUGUUUAACAAAUAUAAUAUCUAUUUUAAAUAAAACUGUGACAUAUAUGACAUGAAGAGAAUGCAGUCGGAAAAGCACAUGUACGACAAACGAAGAGAAGAACCAUUUAGCAGCUGCUAUGCUGUGGUUCAUGCAACUAUUUCUGCUUCCGGGUUUUACAACUCCCACUAGUGCAGACCAAAUCAGACUGAUUAAUGGCAUCAACUCUUGUUCUGGACGAGUGGAGGUUCUUUAUAAUGAAAUAUGGGGAACCGUGUGUGAUGAUGGCUGGGAUCUAACAGACGCUGCAGUGGUGUGUAGAGAGAUGGGAUGUGGAGAUGCUAUAGAGGCAAAGAGCGCUGCUUAUUUUGGCCCAGGAUCAGGACAGAUAUGGAUGGAUGAUGUAAACUGCACUGGUACUGAGUCUUCACUGAUGAAUUGUACGACACGUGGAUGGGGAAAACAUAACUGCCAACAUUCCCAUGAUUCUGGAGUCAUUUGUAACACAACUGUCAGGUUGGUGAAUGGAGAUGACAAGUGUUCUGGACGAGUGGAGGUUCUCCGUGAGGGUCAGUGGAAAACCGUGUGUGGUGAUGACUGGGAUCUAACAGACGCUGCAGUGGUGUGUAGAGAGAUGGGCUGUGGGGGUGUCGUAUAUGCAAGUCGUGCCUUUUUUUACCAAGUACCAGGACAAAUGUGGACGAAAAGUGUACAAUGUACCGGGAGUGAAUCUACAUUGAAGAGCUGCAGAGCACAAGAAAUGGCCUCCUGUAGUAGUAAUAAAGCUGCUGGAGUCCUCUGCCAGCUUCCUGUCACACUGGUCAAUGGCACUCAUUCAUGUUCUGGACUAGUGGAGGUCCGACACAAUGGAAUAUGGGGAACAGUGUGUGGUGACGGCUGGGAUCUAAAAGACGCCGCAGUGGUGUGUAGAGAGAUGGGAUGUGGAGAUGCUAUAGAGGCAAAGAGUCAAGCUUCUUUUGAACCAGGAUCACAGCCGGUAUGGAUGAACAAUGUGAGCUGUAAUGGAACAGAGUCUACACUGAAGGACUGUGCGUUAAGCGGAAGAGUUCGACAAAACUGCAGCAAUAAAAACUAUGCUGGUGUUAUCUGUGGACCCAAACUUCGACUGCAGAACGGUUCCAGCUCUUGUUCUGGACGAGUGGAGGUUCUUCAUAAUGGAACAUGGGGAACAGUGUGUGAUGAUGACUGGGACAUAAAAGACGCUGCAGUGGUGUGUAGAGAGAUGGGAUGUGGAGAUGCUAUAGAGGCAAAAAAAGGUGCGUUUUUUGGCACUGGUUCAGGACCAAUAUGGAUGAAUAAUGUAAAUUGCAAUGGGAAUGAGCUAGCUCUGAGGAAAUGUAGAUCAUCUGGAUGGGACGUACAGACCUGCAAUCAUAUGGAUGCUGGAGUCAUCUGCCAAUACAGCUACACCUAUAUCAACGAUUCAAAAAGCUGGAUUGAUGCACUAGAAUACUGCAGAACUCGUCACCAGACACUGGCGCACGUUUUAAAUGCCAUGGCACAUGACUACAUCACACAGAUGCUGCAGGAUAAAGGAGUCACUGAUGGAGUGUGGAUCGGGCUUGAGAGGAGUAUGCUCUUCACUUGUUCACCCUGGCUGUGGACCGGUGGGUCGUAUGUGGAGUAUGCAUUGUGGCAUCAAGACUAUCCAAAAGACCAAGAGACCAUGUUUUGUGGAAAACUUUUUAAGAAGGAACAGAACGGGUUUGGAUGGAUUGAUGCUUGCUGCCAUGAGCGCCUGCCUUUCAUCUGUCAGGAUUGAAACACUAGGUGGAGCUGUAUCCUUGUUUGAAUCAGUUGGUGAAAAGCUAUAGUAAUGUGUAGCCCUGUGUGUUGGUAUGUACUUGUAUAAGAUACUAUUAAAAAAUCUAUAUGAAAUGUAUUUUAAAAUUCACAUGAAAAUGCUCAUCUUCUUUUCUGAGUUUAUACUGAAAUGAUUUAUGUGACUAAUGAAUCUUUAAACGUC